AUAUGAAUUAAGACUAACUAAAUUUCGAUUUCUCUGUGAAAGCCUUAUUCAUUUUUAACCCAUUAGCCGUUCCCACAAUACCCAAACCAUCUGAAUAGGUAUUUAAUUUACUAAGAUCUAGGAUUAAUAAGAUGCGAAAUUAAUCUAUUACUAUCCAUAAGGUGCAAAUGUUGAAGAAAAAAGAAUUUAAACAGGGAUGGCAGAAGGUAUCUUUCAAUUUUUUGCACAAUUUAAUCCUAGUCCUAAUCUAUUGGAGCAGUAGGAAAAUAAAAGCAAAAAUGAAUCCUUGCAGUUUCAAACAAUACAUUUGGAGUAACAGACCCACAUAAUCUGCAGGGUGAGAGAGGAUCUCUUUCUAUUUAUAACCUUGGCUCAUUAGAAAAUACCAAAAAUAAAAACUAUUGUUGAGGAUUAUUUUUUUAGUGAAUGCAAUAAAUUUCAUUACAGCUUAUCAAAAAAUUUGUAUACUAAUGUUGCGGAGAACUUUGUGGCAAACUUUGAUUUAUUUUAUGGAUGCGAUUUAACACAAAUUAAUCAUUUCACAUAGAGAUGGAUUUUAUGUAAUGCAAGAUCUAGUACAACUAUGAAUUUAUUUAAUUUUUAAUCAUUCUCAUUAAAAUAUGCUUAGAUUGAUGCUGCCAUAUAUUUGCAUCUUUAAUCAAUCCUAACUUUUGCAAGAUAAUAGGAAGAUUAGAUAACCGAUUACGUAGUAUUUUAUGCAGGAUAUUUUCUGUUUUCAACACUCCCCCAUCAAAAGGCAAUCCUAUUUAAAGAGCAUUAUUAUGGUAGUGGAUUGCCUUGGAUAAACUUGGAUACCAAGAUAAAUCUGAAAUUCCCAGCUAAUGCAGAAAGUUAAACUGCCUACCUUAAUUUUUUUAAUCUAAAAAAUGCUAUUAGGGAUGGAUUUACAGGUCAAAUAGUUUAUCUAAAUAAAUAAAAGAAAAAUAUGUUCACCUAUUUGGAUAAACAAUUGCUAAUAAUUGCUAUAGCAAAUCCAUUGAAUAAUUUACAAAAUCUACCUAAAGUGGCCAAUGUCUUUUCAAAAUAGAUUGAUAAAUUAGUAUAUAAGUUAGAGAUAGUUAUUGAGCAAUCCUAAAAGUAAGAUUUUGUAAGAUUCAUUUAUUUCAAUGGAGUUAAUUUGGCUUAUAGAAUAUCUAGUUAAUUGAAUGUCCCCAAAUUGGGUUCUGAAAAUUUAAGAGUACUGCAAUUGGUGUAUGAGAAAUUGAAUACACGCAAUCAAUAUGUCAUAAGAACGUAAAAAUAUGAAAAUAUAUUAGAGCAGGAGUGUGGUUUUAUGGAAAUAGAGUAUCUGAAAGAAAGGUUGUAUAUAUAUUGCCAGCUAAUAUACCAUUAAGCAAAGUGGAAGAGGAAGUAAAUAAAAUUGCUGAAUCAACAUUCCCUAAUUUGCUUUUGUGA